AUGACCGCUCCCGGCCGCCGGUCGCCGGCCCGGCUCGUUCAGGGGCCGCCGAGCUCCGCGGGGGACACCUGCUGCUGGAUCUGUGACCGGUGCGAACCGUACGAGUACGUGCUGGACGAGCACACGUGCCGGGACUGCGGCCACGGCAGCUGGCCGUACGAUGACAAGCUCUCCUGCUACCAGCUGGAGGUGCAGUAUAUGAAGUGGAGCUCGCCUCUCUCUGUCGGCCCCAUCGUCAUCGCCGUGCUAGGGAUUCUGCUGACGCUGCUGGUGAUAGCGCUGUUCCUGCGGCACGACGACACACCGAUCGUGAAGGCGUCUGGCCGCGAGCUGAGCUACAUGCUGCUGGCCGGCAUCCUCAUCUGCUACCUCAACACGUUCCUGCUGCUCACCAAACCGAGCGCCGUGGCGUGCGCCCUGCAGCGCGUCGGCAUCGGACUGGGCUUCUCAUUCAUCUACGGCGCUCUCUUUACCAAGACCAACCGGAUCUCGCGCAUCUUCUACUCGGCGUCUCGCUCGGCGAAGCGACCGAGCUGUAUCAGUCCGCGGUCUCAGAUUGUGAUCGCCACGCUGCUCAUCAGCGUCCAGCUGCUGGGCACGCUGGCCUGGCUGGUGGUGGAGCCUCCCGGCGUGCGCUCCUACUACCCGGACCGCAGCGAGGUUAUCCUCAAGUGCCGCAUCAAGGACUCGUCCUUCCUGGUGUCGCUCGUCUACAACAUGGUGCUGAUCGUCGUGUGCACCGUGUACGCCGUCAAGGCGCGCAAGGUGCCCGAGAACUUCAACGAGACCAAGUUCAUCGCCUUCACCAUGUACACGACGUGCAUCAUCUGGCUGGCGUUUGUGCCAAUCUACUUCGGCACGGGGAACUCGUUCGAGGUUCAAAUCACCACGCUAUGCGUGGCCAUCAGCUUGUCGGCGUCCGUGGCUCUCAUCUGCCUGUACGCGCCAAAGAUAUACAUCAUCGUCUUCCACCCGGAGAAGAACGUGCGGAAGUUGACGAUGAACAGCGCGACCUACCGGAGGGCGCUCACCAGCUCCACGGCGCAGUCCAUCAACCACGCGCUGGUGCUCACCGACCUGGGCAAGCUGCAGAUCUCGGCUGGCGGCUCCCAGAUCACCACUGCGUCCGCCGUGGUGGAGGACUCGGUCGACCACAGCCCGCGGCCGGCAAACACAGCCGUCUCAUGAGAUGAGGCGGCGCCGGCCGGCGGCGCCGACCCGGACAGCUCGCCGCGCGGGUCCUCUCCGCGCGUAUCCUCUCCGCGCCGACCCCCGCCGGUGCACAUCGUGGAGAACCCGCUGCGGCCGAGCUCGCGCUCCCCGAGCCCAGCCAUCGCCAUCGACGAGACGGUGCGCUGCGGCGCGGCCGGCGACUGCGACCGCUGCCUGCCGCCGGCGUCCCCCCGCGCCGUGCGCUUCUACGGCGAUCCCAUGCCGUCGGCGCCGCAGGCUCCGCUCGCCUGCUCCGAG